UAUCACAUACCAAGAUCUUUCCUCAAACCUACAGACAACCUCUUAGUAUUAUUCGAAGAAGAAGAAAAAGGCGAUCCUACAGGCAUAACAGUCGAUACUGUCUCGGUUACUAAAGUAUGCGGACACGUUAAAUCCUCUCAUCCGCCACAUGUCACCUCAUGGAUAAGAGAAAAUCUAUACAAACAUAAGUACCAAUCUACGUACGAAAAGCGCCACAGAAUAACUAAGCCUAAAGUCCGGCUCUACUGCCCUCUUAAUAAAUAUAUCUCGAAAAUUAUAUUCGCCAGUUUUGGAAGCCUUACGGGUGGUUGUGGUAAUUAUACGAUUGGCAGCUGUCGCUCGAUCAAUUCCAGAGCCGUUGUGGAGAAGGCUUGUUUAUGGAAGAAAAAGUGUUCUGUUCCAAUGUCAUACCAAAGAUUUGGAGGGGACCCGUGCCCGGGAGUUGAGAAAGAUCUGCUGAUUGAGGCACAUUGCGAA